AUGGAUUUACCAGAAUCAUUAACUAAAGGAGUUAAUAAAAAGAAUGUAUUAUAUGUUGGUGGUAUUUCAGAUGAUGUAACUAUAGAUAUUUUAAGGGCUGCAUUUAUACCUUUUGGGAAUAUUAAUGAUGUAAUUCUACCAAUGGAUCAUAAAACUCAAAAAUUAAAAGGAUUUGGAUUUAUUGAUUUCGAAUUACCAGAAGAUGCUGCUGAUGCAUUAGAUAAUAUGCAUGAAAGUGAAAUUUUUGGAAGAGUUAUAAAAUGUUCAAUUGCAAAACCAAUUAAAAAUUUAAAUAAAGCUGUUUGGAGUUCAGAUGAUUAUCAUAAUGAAGAAAAUAGUGAAAAUAAUAAAAAUACUGAUGCCGAUGAUUAA